AUGGCUAGGGCCUCCUCACUGGAGCAUAGGCGUGCUGUAGGGGAUACUGCGAUGAUGCGUGUUACUAAUAGGGGGUCUACAAGUACUCUCAAUGGUACUGGUGAAGUGAAGAAUAGUGGUCUUAGUGACCCUCCUGAAUGGGAUGCUUUCCCGUUACCACCACCAAGGGGCAAAGGCGCUUUGAUAAGGUGGGACGUGUCAGCUGUGUCUCUAUUGCCCUGGACACUCCGCAUCCCUUUAAAACUACAUGACUGCAAGAAUCCUAAAAAUGGACAGCUAUACUGUAAGUGGGAUGCCGUUCUCUACGACAAGUUGAACCGUCACGAGUUGUGGGCUCGACAUGGCCAAAGCAUGCACUGGUUCACACUGGAGUUCGAGAACCCUGGCCUCGAAAAGGGGUAG